CCGGUCAAGAGCAGAGAGCUCUCGAAACAACUUGUUCCACCACCAUGUGGGGGCGGCAAAGCAACCGUCACCAAGCAACACUUCUAAAGCAAAAAGGUUGCCACCAGCGGUUGUCUCCCUCCGCUGCUGGUGACCAAGAGAUCACUCGGCUACAUCGUGUAUAUACCCAGCCGCAUUGACUUGGGUUCCAAAACACACCGCCUCAUCAUCAGAUUGGCAUGCCUAAAAAGAAGAAGCACGCGUUGAACCACUACAAGGGCUCAUCCGGUGCUGGCGCCAGCGCAUCGCCUUCAUCAACGACAAAGCCAACGAAAUCCGUGAACGAGCUGCUCGCCAACCUUCGUACGACAGCGGCCUCCUUGUCGUCCAACCAACCGUCUAUUCUCGCCACCGCUACUCCCAGCGUGCCCCCAGCCAUCCGGCAGAUUCUCCAGAUCCCGGAGACACCCGCACCUCUGCCACGCCGCCCAGUUCGACGCAGGUUUGACAACUAUGGAAGACGUCUUCCAGCAGGGCCCCCGCCUCCAGGAAGCUGGUCCCGGUCCCCGAGAGACCCCCAGACUGCCCAGCGAGCGCUUGAGUCGCUGAGUACCCAUUCUCUCGCAAGGGUUGCCUUUCCUGGAGCCUAUUUGCCUGAGCCUGGCAGCUUGUUGGACCUUGUUGCGCGGCGCAUGGCUCUCGAAUGGCAGCUUCAUCGCGAAUAUGAUGGUCCGUAUAUGUAUUAUAUUCCAACUCAUAUCAAGCCCAUUUUGAUGCGUCAUGUUGCUAUACUGGGCACGCCGGGUCUAUCCAUAAAGGAUCUCAAGGCUAUGCUGCUCCCUCAGCCCGAUGGCAAUGAUGAUGUCCCAGAUGUGAGCGUGAGCAGCCUGGAAGACUUAACGACAUUGGAUAUAUCAGGCGCUGUUGGAAAGACUAUAAGUCUAAAGGAGCUCUCUGACUUGCUAUUCCCGACACAGACUACUCCGUCUGACGAGCUUCAAGACUCAUGGGAUGCUGAAGACUUGCAGAGCUCGAUACCCUCGACCCUGCUGCCCAACUUGUCUCAUCUAUCUCUCGCCGUAGACCCCAAGAAGGCAGAUAAUGCUUCAUGGAAACACUUGUUAUCUCUUGCUUCUAAACUAACGACUGUGACGCAUCUUAGUUUGGCGUUUUGGCCAGUCCCGUGUCUGACGCGCAAAUCGCAGUUUGCAUCCAUGUCGUCGCCGCAUCAACGGGAUAUAUCCUACAGCGGAACCAACUAUUACUCGCAUACGAUCGAUCAGGACUGGAGUGAAGCCCUUUUAGUGCUAAGGCUUCUGAGCAAGAGCCUCUACUCCCUCGAAUUCCUUGAUCUCACCGGGUGUAUCUCCUGGUUCAAAGCUCUUACUCUGGAAGAUACUGACAGCCAUGAUCACGUUGACUGGGCUGGAGACUGGGGCAAAAUCACGACCCUAAGAUUAAAUGUCGGGUGGGAUAUCGAGAAGAACGAUAUGCCCUCAAAGCAUGACAUGUACCAAAGUGCAUGUGAAACGGCGCUUGCCGUCGAGAAGCGCAUUAUUUCAAUGAGAGCCGGGCGCGGUCGUUUUAUUACCGUGGAACGGCCAAUACUAGACGAACUUACGCGUUAGAUGUAUUUAGCACCAUAGAAUAU